AUGGAGGCUCGCCGGAGGGAGCUCCUGGAGCUGGUAAACGGCGAGGGGCAGCCGGAGCAGCAGCGCAAGGUGAUCUCCAUCGUCAGCUUCGGUGGGCUAGGGAAGACUGUCCUUGCCAAUCAAGUGUAUUGCGACACUGACGAGCUGAAUUUCAGUCCUCGGGCAUGGGUUAGCGCGGCAGAGAAGACAGCUGGGGAGGUUCUCAUGGAGAUAUUGCAGAGAUUUGAGGUGCGAGUAAGGGACAUGCCUUAUUUCGACCAACUCAGCAAGCGUCUCAGGGAACACCUUCGCAACAAAAGGUAUCUCAUCGUAAUUGAUGAUAUAAGGGUAGAACAGUGGUGUAAUAUGGAGCCUGCUUUCCCUGCCGAUCAUGGUAUCAGCAGCAGAAUAGUGGUGACCACGAGUAUUCAAUCAAUUGCCAAUGCAUGCAGCAUCCCAAAAGGCUACAUCUACAAAAUGGAAAAACUAGAUGCUGAAUGCUCCAAAAACCUGUUCUUCAGAAGCGCCUCUAUCGAGGAAUGCUCACCUGACAUAGAGAGAGGUUCAGAAUCACUUCGGAAGAAAUGUGAUGGCCUCCCACUGGCUCUGAUCUGCGUAGGCCAGUUCUUGCGCACAGAAGGAGCUCUAACAGGGAGCUAUGCCUGCCUGCCAUGCCAUGAUGCCAAGGCCUGCUUGUUGUACCUAGGCAUGUUUCCCAGCAACUACCCGAUUCGGAGGAGAAGAUUGUUGAUGCGAUGGCUGGCUGAAGGGCUUGUCAGAAAACGGCCUCACCCUCGGCUUGGCGACGCGGCGGUCAACAACUUCAGGACGUUCAUGGACCGGAACAUCGUUCAUCCUGUCGGUGUGAGCACCAACGACGAGGUGAAGACAUGCCAGCUGCCCGGGAUGAUGCUCGAGUUCAUCUUGCACAGGUCCAUAUCGGAGGGUUUCAUCACACUGGUUUCUGAUGAGAAUGUGAUGCCCAGGUAUGCCCCUCGUCGUCUCGCUGUCCAACUUAGCACUGCUGCUGUGAAGGACAGGCUAGGACCAAGAAGUGAUCUCUCUUUUGUCCGGUCUCUCAUGGUCUCCGGCAUAGCAUCCCAAUGUGUUCUGGAUUUCAGCAGGUACAAACUGCUCAAAGUCUUGGAUCUGGAACAAUGUGACGGAUUGACGGAUCAACAUCUCGAAGGCGUAUCCAAUUUGUUGUUGCUCAAGUAUCUUAGCCUCGGGGGAGAAGUUACCAUGCUCCCCAAGAAGAUUGAAACACUAAGUUUCUUGGAGACACUUGAUGUUAGGAGAGCCAAGGUUGAUGUGAUGGUGUUCCCGGUCGAAGCAAUAGUGCUUCCCAAAUUAAUUCACCUCUUUGGGAAGUUUAAACUUUUCGGUAAGAUUGAAGACGGCGAUGACUUGAACGAUGCCCGUUCUCUGUCUGUCCAUUUCAACGAAUGCUCUGAAGACAUCAUGAAUUUUUCCCUGCAAGGAGCCUGCAAUCUUUCCACGCUGAAGCUCCAAGGUGACCUGCACCAAAUACCUCCAUUUGUUCCCUCAUUGGUAGCUCUCACAGAGCUAUCUCUGACAUCGACUACUCUUCGGCAGGAACUCUUAACUAGCUUGACUGAAUUGAGAUGUCUAGUUUAUCUCAAACUUGUCGCGCAAAAUCUCGAGGGUUUUGUCAUAAAAGUUGGGGCAUUCCAAAGCCUUCAACGACUAUGCAUGGUGGUUCAGAAUCCAUCAUUCCUUGAAAUCCAGGAUGGAGCUCUGCCACAGCUUGUGUCUCUCCAGCUGAUGUAUGAAAAUUUGGCAAACCUUCCUUUAAUCAACAUUGGGGGCAUCAAGCGUCUUAGGGAAGUGGUGCUUGAUUCUGCGGUAAAUGGAAGAUCACGGAAAAACUGGGCGAAGAAGCACGCAAAUAGACCCAGAAUUUUGUUCAUCGAAAGGACGAGAAGGGCCAGAUCAGAACAUUCUGUUGCACAGGCAGAGAAACCUUCUACACUUCAUCGGAAUUGGCUACAAAAUGGCAUACGGAAUCUAUUUGUAAGAAAUUAA